AUGAAGACCGACUGCCAGCAUACAUUUACCAUCAAGCAGCUGAGGCAAGACUCCAAGAACAGCAUUGUCUUCUACCCUGACAUUGGGCAUUCGGGCCACAGUGACGCCACUUUCCAGUGUCUGCGCCUGUCCCGGUGCCCGACCUCUGAGACAGCGAGCACAGAGGUGCUCCUGACGCGGGUUGCGUGGAUCGUCCCCACCUUCCGACAGGGCCUGGCCUGGCACAGGGACGAGAAGCCGUUCCGGAAGCUGCGCCACCAGGCAUACGUCGGCAGGGAGCGGGCCAUCAAUUGGCUGGCGGAGCAGUUCCGGCCCCCCCUGGGCAUGACUACGGUCGUGGGCCGGGUGUGCAGGGUGGUGGUGGUCGACGAGCACAGGUCAUCAAAGCUGUGUUGCGCCUGGCACGCCACCCUGCACGCCCACCAGUAUGAGCGGGUGCGCAACCGAGAGGAGAAGCUGGUGGACGUGUGGGACACUAAGCGCUGUGUCAACAAGGGCUGCAGAGUCCAUGUUGUCAACCGCGACGUCAACGGGGCUGCCAACAUGCUGAUGCUGACCAAGUGCUUUUUUGCGAAUACACCUCGUCCCACAACUUUUGGUGGACCCUCUGCUUCCCCUUCCUUUCCCCCCACCCUCCCACCCACCCGGUUCGCCAUUAGAGGCAACCAACUGCGCCAGCGAUAUCCCGUCCAUGGGAAUAAGCUGCUAGCAACCGGCGCAAGCCCAGUAGGGGAACAAGGGUAUUCCGUGCUUUCCCUUUCUGCUCACGGAUGCCACCCCCACUCGUUGCCAUGUUGCAUCAUGAAGGGACAGUGGUUGUCACGACGGAUGAAGAAGAUCAACAGGAAUCAAUGCCUCGUCUGA